AUGGCGAGAAGGAGGCGAAGUCCGUGGCUUGGUCUGGUUCUCGCCUCUGUGGUGCCUUGUCUGAUAGCAUACGUGGUUUAUACCGAACCGUUCCCCCAUGACGUGGCCGACAGCCCAUGGACGAUCAGACUGGCUACGUAUAGCGUGAUGAUCAAGUUUAUGGCUACCCCGUUGAUACCUACGAGGAUUAACGACUGGCUUGACGAGCGAUACAGAGCAAACCAGCGGGCAGCCGGGUUUGGGUACCGAGACGAGCUGUUUGACGGGGUACAAGUCCGGAUACUUAACGCGCAUCCGGCGGGAGGAAAGACCGAUAAGCGGCCGGCCAUCGUCUUCUAUCACGGCGGAGGGUGGAUCAUGGGUGACACUGGUGAGUCUUUGAUGACAUAUGUAUCAUCCAUUGACGUCGCAGUUGGCAAGGAACUGAAUGCUGUCGUGCUUUCAGUCGAAUACAGACUGGCGCCCCAAAACCCGUUUCCCGCACCGCUAGACGACUGCACAGUUGCUACGGUCUGGUUCCUGAAGCACCUCAGCAAAUACAGUGUCGAUCCUACCAGGGUUGCCUUAAUGGGCGACAGCGGAGGGAACUUGGCUGCAGUGGUGGCACAACGUUUGACCUUUGACCCAGAGUACCGAGAUCUGCCCAAGCCUAAGCUGCAAGUCUUAAUCUAUCCAGCCUUGCAAGCCUUCGACUUUAACACCCCCUCCUACCAAAGGAAUGGCAACUACUGGGUGCUGCUCAACAAGCCCCUGAUGACCAUGGUGUGGGACAGUUACCUUCGUGGCAAAGAUGCCGGGCCGAAUUUGCAAGACGCGAUGCAGGCAAACAUGCACACCUCUGCGGCCGCAAAAAGGUCCCCACUAGCCCAAAAGUGCCUGUCCCACGAUCUCAUCCCGUUUAAGCAGGCUGACUACAAAGUGCCCUCCACCGACAUAGGGGAUGAAGACAUCUACAAGGAGAUCAAAGACGUCCUCUUGAAUCCAGACUUCGCUCCUCUCAUGCGAGAAGACCUGAGAGGUCUGCCAGAGGCUUACAUCCUGACAGCCGGGUACGACGUCUUGAGGGAUGACGGCAUCAUGUACGCCAAGCGUCUUGAGAAGGCAGGAGUGCCAGUAACACUGAAGGAUUAUCGACGAGGUUUCCAUGGUAUGUUCGGCACCGGGCCCAGUUGCCCGUUAGUUUGCACACCUAUGGUCGAAGAGAGCUUCUGGCAUUUCAUUGCGUACGCAAAGCAACGUCUUUGA